AUGCCGGCACUUGUGAAGCUGGAGCAGAAAGUUCAUGAGUCCUGGGCUAGCCUGAGCUACAACAUGAACUACAGCGACACCCUGUUCCAUAAGCAACAGCAGCAGCAACACCCCCGAGAAAGUUGGCAAGGUUGGAGGUUGAAGUGUGUGGUAUCAUUUGUGGUGCUGCAGCAUUCAGGAGAAGCAGCUUUAACACAACAGCAGGACCCCCACGAACUGAGGGCACCUCGCGGGCUGCUGUCUUCAGCCGCUCCCGGGUCACCUAACACAUGCCUCCCCCUUCUGCAGGAGCGCCCUGACGGGCUGGGCGCUGCGGCUGGAGGGACCCGCCUGUCGUCUCUGCCCCAGGCGGCCUAUGGGCCCGCGCCUCCCCUGUGCCACACUCCCGCCGCCUCUGCCGCCGCCGACUUUCAGCCUCCCUACUUCCCGCCGCCCUACCCGCAACCGCCGCUGCCCUACGGCCAGGCCCCCGACGCCGCCACUGCUUUCCCGCACCUGGCCGCGGACCCCUACGGCGGCUUAGCGCCCCUGGCGCAGCCGCAACCCCCGCAGGCCGCCUGGGCCGCACCCCGCGCUGCGGCCCGCGCUCACGACGAGCCGCCCGGCUUGCUGGCGCCACCCGCCCGCGCUCUGGGUCUCGAUCCGCGCCGAGACUAUGCUGCCGCGGUACCCCGACUCCUGCACAGCUUGGCCGACGGCGCGCACGGCCUGGCUGAUGCGCCCCUUGGUCUUCCGGGUCUGGCGGCGCCGCCCGGCCUGGAGGAACUGCAGGCGAUAGAUGACCCGGGAAUGAGCCUCCUGGACCAAUCCGUGAUCAAGAAAGUCCCCAUUCCCUCCAAAGCCGGCAGCCUCUCCACCCUCUCUCUGGCCAAAGACAGCCUGGUUGGCGGCGUCAGCAACCCCAGCGAGGUCUUCUGCUCCGUGCCGGGCCGGCUGUCGUUGCUCAGCUCAACAUCCAAGUACAAGGUGACCGUGGGGGAGGUGCAACGGCGACUCUCACCUCCUGAGUGCCUCAACGCCUCCCUCCUGGGGGGUGUCCUCCGAAGGGCCAAGUCCAAGAACGGGGGCCGCUGUCUGCGGGAACGGCUGGAGAAGAUUGGGCUCAACCUGCCAGCUGGCCGUCGGAAGGCCGCCAAUGUGACUCUGCUGACCUCACUGGUGGAAGGAGAAGCUGUGCACCUGGCUCGGGACUUUGGUUAUGUUUGUGAGACCGAGUUUCCAGCCAAGGCAGCUGCUGAGUACCUAUGCCGACAGCACGCUGACCCUGGGGAACUGCACAGCCGCAAGAGCAUGCUGUUGGCUGCCAAGCAGAUCUGCAAGGAGUUUGCAGACCUGAUGGCUCAGGACCGGUCUCCACUGGGCAACAGCCGCCCAGCACUCAUCCUGGAGCCUGGGCUGCAGAGCUGUCUGACACACUUUAGUCUCAUCACUCAUGGCUUCGGCGGGCCUGCCAUCUGUGCUGCCCUUACUGCCUUCCAGAACUACCUGCUAGAGUCACUCAAAGGACUGGACAAGAUGUUUCUAAGCAGUGCGGGCAGUGGCAGUGGGCAUGGAGAAACCAAGGCGUCAGAGAAGGAUGCCAAGCACCGGAAGUAA